CAAAACUUGUCCGUCACCCAUAUGCCACCCAUAUUGGCCCGCAACCAAUGCAGAUGUCAAUAAUCCUAAUCUCCCUCAUUUCAAGCCCCUAAAACGAUCGUCCGCGCCCACAAAAUCCACGCGCGACGCGGUCGUUGGUUACAUCAUGGCCUCAACCUCAGUCACGCUGCACCCCAGCACACCAGCCCCAGCCGGCGCGGGCAAAGACAACCCGCUCCCACAACUCCUCCAGACACCAUCAGGCCUCGCACUGCUGGAGCUCCAGGGCACCAUCAACCUGCCCGGGGCCGAGGGCGCCGCCGACGGGCCUGGCGAGCAGCAGCAGCAGGCCCCACUGCCGAUCGGCCGCAUCGACUUCCCGGACUACAGGCCCGACUCCAUCACGUUCGACCCGGCCGGCACGGCGUGGAUGAAGCGCGUGUACAUGUACGUCGGCCAGCACCAGCGGCUCACGGGCGAGGUGAAGAAGCUGCCGCGCGCGGUGGGGGUCGUGAGGAGGCGGCAGCAGCAGCAGCAGCCGGGGGCCGGCGGCGGAGGCGGAGGCGGAGUCGGUGAGGAAUUGGAGGUUGUCGAGAUUGUCAAGUACAAGAUUGUCUUCUCGUCGAGGCCGGAGCCUGUUGGGACGGCGUGAGAGGGGUGUCUGAGGGCCGGCCUCUCUCUGCACACCCGGCCAGGGCUGGGGGGGGGGCGGGUCCGUGGCUUUGCGAGAUGCUCGGGUCUCUUGUUGUGAUGGUGGAGACUUGGGUCACAUCCCAUUGGAGACGUUCUGAAGCGUUUAGAGGGAAACACGUGAUUGUCAUGAAGAAGAGAGGGGAGGCUCUGCGUGUGUCUAUUGCCAUGGAAGAUGUCUAUGGCGAUCGUGACGGGCCUAUAUUACAGAAACAACCCCAUGGCUUUUGUGGGCUUUGAGAGGUAAAAAUAUGAGGGCUGGUGACGCUCUAUGCCAUAUAUCCAGAACCCAGAGACUACUAUGUUCACCUCUAUUUGCAUGAUAUUGUUGGCAUGGCCACUGACUGGGCGUGGCGACAUU